AUGUACCUUAAGUUUUACAUAUUAAAUGUCAACUGCUGUCACAUCAUAACCUUCAAGUUAAGAAAAGUCAGUGAAAAGUAUUUAAUUUUUCGAUUGUCUAUUUUAAAGCAAAAAAAAGAAUAAAAAAUGGCUAAAGACGUUGCUACUGGAAGCUCAAUGAAACCUGUCCUCCGUGGACUUCAUAAUGCCACAAUUAAGAGAAACUUGAUUGUUUCUUUAACAUUAGUUACAAUCGUUUCUACAGCAUAUAAAUUUUUGGUUAAUGAUCCAAAGAAAACUGCUUAUGCUGAGUUCUACAAGAACUAUGAUGCUAACAAAUCAUUUGAAAGAAUGAAGGCAAAUGGCCGUUUUCAAUCCUGUUCAUAAACUGUUUCUUUUAAUGUAUUAAAAAGUUUAGUAAAAAUAACGUGAUGUUAAAAUAUGUAAGUCGAAAGGAUUAAAUACAAAUAAAAAAUAGACACAAA